AUGUCGUCUCCAAUCAAGAAGGUCGCUGUUUUCGGUGUAAGUACCACGGGCAUCUUCAACCAUCCCCGCCACCCACCAACUGCUCCUCCUCCUCCUCAUCCGGCACGGGCCGGUCCCCACCGCCGCUCUCGGCAGGCGUUCAUGUCCCUAACACGCUCCCCCCCCCCGCCCCAAAAAAAAAAGGCAUCCGGAAACCUAGGCGCCCCCAUAACAGCCGCCCUCCUCGAAGCCGGCUUCGACGUGACGGCCAUAACGCGCGCCUCGUCCUCGACGCCGUCCUCCCUCGCACCAUCCGUGCGCGUCCUCCGCACCACCGACGACAGCUACUCGGACGACGACGGCGGCCAGCUGCGGGCGCUGCUGACGGGCCACGACGCGGCCGCCCUCGCAAAGUUCCCCACCGCCAUGGGCUUCGACGUCCCAGCCAAGACGGCGACGCUCUACGACGGCGGCGCGCGCCAGUUCACGGGCACGACGCUGGAGGGCAUCGGGCGCGCCGUGGCGGGCGUGCUGCGGCGGCCCGACGCGACGGCGAACCGCCACGUGCGCGUGCGGUCGGCCCAGACGUGCCAGCGCGAGCUGCUGGCCGCGUUUCGGGCCGCCACCGCCGCCGCCGGGGAGUGGGAGGUGCGCGAGGCCAGCGCGGCCGGCGUGCGCGAGAGGGGCCGGGCCAAGCGGCGCGACGGCGUGUCCGGCUGGACGCUCGACUUGGCCGUCGCGCAGCUGUACAUGGAGGAAAGUGAGGAGGAGGAGGAGGAAGGGGCGCGGCGGCGGUGCUUCGUCGCGUCGAGGGAGGAGUCGGACAAUGAACUGCUCGGCGUCAGGGAGGAGUCGGUCGACGAGAUUGUCGCAAAAGCGCUGCUGGCGUCAUCGUGA